CUUAAAAGUUGGCUUCGAAGAUGGAAAUCUCGGUUCACAGUUGAUCAGAUUCUUCAUAGCCGUCCGUUUACAAAUCAAUCUCUUGAACUCUUAUGUUCGCGUGAGUGAGUGACUCUCGUUUUCUGCUUCGUUUGUAGUUGAUUUAGAGUCUACCCUACCCAGUGAAUUGAGUUUUAGAUUCUUAGUAGUGAAAAAGAGUUAUGGAUAGAAUCAGUAAUCUACCAGAUGAUAUUAUCCACCACAUUGGCUCCUUUCUCUCUGCAAAAGAAGCUGCUUUCGCCACUCUUCUCUCAAAACGGUGGCGUAAUCUCUUCACUAUCAUACCAAAGCUUCAUUUCGAUGGUUCAAUUAAAACUAACAGUUUCAAGGAGUUCGUGGAUGGAGUACUGGCCCUACCUGUCAGCUCUCGUGUUGGAACAUUUUCACUCAAAUGCAAACAUGUGCCGCAGUACGAAGACCUUAUCAACCGUUGUCUCCGUCAUAUACUGAACCGUGGUGUUUUAGUUCUCGAACUCCACAAUCACAUCAAACUCGCCAGAAAAGGACAUCGUUAUUCCCUGCCUCUUGAUGUUUUCACCUGCAAGACAGUCACUACGUUGAAACUAGGGUCUGGUUUUGUGGUCGAACUUCUCCCUGCGCAUGUUUCUCUUCCAUCUCUCAAGUCUCUGUUUCUUGACUCUGUUCGGUUUCAUGGUUCUGAUGGUCGUUUCUGCUCGUUUAAAACGCUUCUUUCUCACUCCCCUGUUCUCGAGGAGUUAGUGAUGGAUGGUAUCGAGUUCGAACGCUGGAAAUGGUGCUCCAUCGUGUCUAGUAAGACCCUUGAAAAGCUUACGAUUCGACGUAGAGAGUGGUAUUCUUAUGAGGAGCCCAUUGUAGAUGAUCCCAGGGGUCUUGCUUAUGAGUUUGACAACAUUAGCUUUGAUACUCCUGCUCUAACCUAUUUGGAGUAUUCUGACUUUGUUCCAAAGGAGUAUCUAAUUGUUAAUCUCGAUUCCCUUGUUGAAGCUAAACUCAAUCUUUGUGUGUAUGAGGAAGGUCUCUGGCAACACGAACAUGGAGAUACUUUCAAUCCCAUGAAUCUGAUUUAUGGUUUGAAAAACGUUGAGAUUUUGAACUUGACUGAGGAAGUUGUGGAGAUGUUUUAUUUCUUGAAUAAAUCAAUCCCAAUGUUUGAAAAGGUAUCUCAGUUAUCUGUUGACCUUUCUAGCCGCUGUUGGUUUUCUUUAACGAUUGUGAUGAAGAAACUUCCAAAUCUAAAGACUCUCAUCAUCGAGGAAUUGCACGUUGGAGAUGAGUUGGUUUGUGACUGUCUGUCAGAGUAUUCUUUCUUAUUGUCUUGUUCGGUGGAGGUCCUAAAGAUAAACACUUACGAAGGUUCUCUCAACGAUUUGGAGCAAAUAAAGCAUUUCUUGGGAAAGCUGUCAUGUCUCGAGCUGGUGGAGGUUCGUACUCAGGCGGGAUCAAGUGACGCAAGGCUGCAAAUCAUGGCGGAUCUGCUAAUGCUUCCAAGAGCUUCGUCCAAGUGCAAAAUCCAGGUCAGGUUUUGUCCAAAGAGAUACUAAGAUGCAUGAUCCAACGUUCGUUGGUUGGUAUACAAUCUAAGUCUAUGUUUGGUAUUAGAUCAUAUGUAUUGUUGAUCAUAAGAACAGUUUUUGCAAACCAGUCUCUCAACUCCCUUUAUAACCAAUAAAACAAUUAUCAUCUAAA